UAACGCCUCUUUCAUUCUUGCUUACCUGUGCACACAAAUAGGCCACAGAACAUUUUGUUAAUUCCACAAUCCACUUGGUCCCUUUUGGGGUCUGCCUGUUCGAACUUGCAUUUGCAGUCUCGUGCAGAGCACGCAAGACUUCAAGGCGAACUCCCUGAUCUACUUGGCUGUUGUGGCAACAUAUAUAUAUAUACUGCCGCCAAAUCGAGAUGGCUGUUAGGCGGAAGCCUGCCCCCAAAUCAACUUCACUGGCGCUGGACAAGAUUAUUAGAUCCCGUAAGAAUCUCUCCGAACCCCCACCAAGACUAUGGCUAAACUGUGAAGACGAAGGCAUGGACCUCGACGAACGAGGGUCACCCGUUUUGAAGCUAACACACCCCAUUCUGUGUACUUUAGACUCAUGCACUGGGAUCAAAGAGUUUAACAAAGUUCACGCCCAACUCAUGGUUUCUGGGCUAUUUCAACACCCUUUAGCUGCUGGCAGGGCUAUAAAGAGACUUUGCUCGGAUUCACGUAUUCCGCACGCCAUCCACAUAUUUGAUUAUCUGGAUGAACCGGAUGCUUUUCAAUGCAAUACAAUUAUGAGAAGUUAUACGAAUAUGAAUGAUUUUCGCAGUGCUCUGAGUUUCUAUUACGAGAAAAUGGUCACUAGAUGGGUCAAUCCGAAUCAUUAUACUUUUCCCCUAUUGAUGAAAAUUUGUGCAGAGGUAAGGUCUGUACGAGAAGGGGAAAAGAGUCACGCUAGGAUUGUGAAAUUCGGGUUCGAGUUAGAUUUGUUUACUCGGAACUCACUAAUUCAUAUGUACUCAGUUUGUGGAAGAAUCGGGGAUGCCCGGUUACUAUUUGACUCGGGGUCUGUAUUGGAUUUGGUGAGUUACAAUUCGAUGAUUGAUGGGUAUGUGAAUAAUAAGGACAUUGGUGCAGCACGCAAGCUUUUUGAUGAGAUGUCUGAAAGAGAUGUAUUUAGCUGGAAUUCUAUGAUUGCUGGGUACGUGGGGAUUGGCGAUUUAGAGGCUGCACAAGAUUUGUUUGACAGAAUGCCAAAAAAAGAUGUGGUGUCCUGGAAUUCUAUGAUUGACGGCUAUGCAAAGACUGGAAACGUUUCUUUAGCUCGUGAGUUUUUUGAUCGAAUGCCCGUUAGGAACGUGGUCUCUUGGAAUUCUAUUAUGGCACUUUACGUGCGAUUUAAAAAUUUCAGUGAAUGUUUGAGACUGGCCGAUAGAAUGAUGGAAAGAGGAGAAGCUUUGCCCAAUGAGGCUACUCUGGUGAGUGUUCUCACGGCUUGUGCGAAUUUAGGGAGGCUUGAUACAGGUUUCUGGGUCCAUUCUUAUAUCAAAAGUAAGGGCAUUAAACCCGAUGUCUUACUUUCGACCAGUCUUCUGACAAUGUAUGCAAAGUGUGGGGCUGUGGAUAUGGCUAAAGACGUGUUCGAUGAGAUGCCAAUCAAAAGCGUUGUAUCAUGGAAUUCCAUGAUCAUCGGAUAUGGAUUGCAUGGCGAUGGUGAGAAAGCUCUGGAAUUGUUCAUGGAGAUGGAGAAGAAAGGUCCGCAGCCAAAUGAAGCUACGUUUGUCUGUAUCUUAUCUGCAUGUACUCACGCUGGUAUGGUUAUGGAAGGUUGGUGGUACUUUGAUCUCAUGCGUCGAGUUUACAAGAUGGAACCCAAUGUUGAACACUAUGGCUGCAUGGUUGAUCUCCUUGCCCGAGCUGGUUUGAUGAGAAAUUCAGAGGAGCUUAUAAGAAAGAUACCUAUCAAGAGUGAAGGUGGAUCUGCCUUAUGGGGAGCUUUACUUUCUGCUUGCAGGACCCACUUGGAUUCAGAGCUUGGGAAGAUUGUAGCCAAGAGACUUAUUGAGUUGAAGCCGCAGGAUAUUGGUCCCUAUAUAUUGCUAUCAAAUAUAUACGCUGCUGAAGGUAAAUGGGAUGAUGUUGAACAAGUGAGGUUGGUGAUAAAAGAAAAGGGAUUACAGAAGCAAUCAGCUUCCAGCUUGGUUCAUCUUGAAGAUUUUGAAUCUAAAAAUAUAUUGGGCAAUAACUCGGUCUCUAGGAAAAGGAUAGUGUACUCCAUGUUGAAUGAAUUAGGUACUCAGAUGAAGUUAUCCCUUGGAGAUUGGAUUGAGAAAUAGAAUCUCAGACGGUCCGAAUCAGACCUAGAAAAAGAUCAAGUUUUCAAGGGGGAUUUUAUUGAGAGAGAAAAAUUGCGCGUUAAAGAGUAGGAUAUUGAGGUUAAAUACUUAGAUUAUGGCUAUCAUGAAACUGAAAUUCAUUAUUGUGACAAGUGAAGCAGUUGAAGAACGAUGUGCUUUCCAGAAUGGAGAUGAUACGAUGGUUAAUUUCAAUAUUGUGUAUAUUAUUGAAAAAUUUAUCUACUAAAUGCAGCAGAGUCCAGACCGGUUCACCAAAAGAUUUUGGAUCCUGAUUUUGCGGUGAAGGAAAAAGUUUAGUUGAAAAAUGGUUAUGGGUGAAUGGGCUGCUCAAAAAUCAGCUAACGAUUCCAUAGCAGGAAAGAAGUGAUGGUUUAGCGGUGGUGGAAUGAGGAUGAGAAUUGAAAGGAGUCAAUGCAUGAAAGAUUUUCUUUGAGCCCUAUUUUUCAAGUUGACAUUUUAUUGAUAAGAUUGUUGUGGGAGGACCUACCUACACUUCACUAGGGUUCCAGCCAAAUUGUUAAAGCUUGUAGAUGAUAAGAAACUGAGAAUAAAGAAAUCCCAUUGGCGCUAUAUUUUGGGACUAACUGUUGGUGUUCAAGUACAUGGUUUACUUGCUACAUCGUCAUAGUUAGAUGGAAAGAGAAAGAUGGAAAUGGGAUCAUGCAGAGAAUUGUCAAAGACCAUGUGUGCAUCUAUCCUUCCAAUUCCAAAUAUCAAGACCAUUAGAGCUUUAUCAAAGUCACUCACCUCUAAUUCUGUGAACACCACUUUAAGCCAACUUCUAGUCUUGUAACGUUAUUCCUGUCCAGUCUAAAAGGAAAGGGUCUGCAAUACGGCAGCGCCAUUUUCCUUUCCCAACAGAAGAGUCAGAUGCUGGAAGGUUUCAGCUGCGAAAGCGGGGGCAACUGGGAGAGGGACAACAACUUCUCUUCAUGAAGGUUUCUCUUUGCUGUGAUUUGAGUACAAAUUCUCCAUAAGAAGUGCUUGAGGGUUGAGUGUAUUUUUUGAUUUCUGGAGUGUAUCUUUCAGGUUGCUCUCGCUGAAAAAAUCUGUUCCAAAACUCAUUUACUGCAUGGUAUCCUAACUUGAAAGAAUGUGAGAAAAGCCACUAUUUGUUUAAGAAUAUUUUUAGUUGUUAUUUCUUUUCUAUUUUUUACUGGCAUAAAAUAAAACUUAAGUUUCAUGCUGUAGUAAUUCUGUUUUUUCCGACUCUUAUUGUUUGUCGAUGCAUUGGUUCACCAU